AUGCGCUGGAUUGUAUUCUGUCUUGCAGGUACUCUGGCCAACGAACUGGUGACACUUUCUCCGACUACACAAGUUUUGACGACAGGUUCGUCCGAACAAGACAAAGCUACAGACUUGCUCGUUGGCGACAACAGCAUUUGCAACAGUAAGGAGUGCUACCCCAAGUUGUUUGAACCAGAGGCGUUCUGGAAAGAGAUCAGACCAUCACAGCACAUCCCUGCUGGGUUGGACAUUCGAAUGAACCUGGAAAACGGACGCCGAGAGGCAAAAUUGAACUCUGAAGCGAAACCACCAUCAGGAGUUCUGAGCGAGGACUCGUCUGUUGAAAACCCCGAGGACUCAACAGCUUACGAGUUUAGCCAGGAAUUUGCCAAAAUAAAUAAGCUAGCGGCUUCCCACGAUUUCGCAACGAUUGAGUCGAUACUGGAUGAUCUGCUAGAGUUCUCUCAUGAUUACAAGCAAGGCUAUAAGAUCAUAGUCCAUGAAUUCGGCCUUCUGAAAGAGCUCAUCUUUAGUGAAGAUACGCCACUCUCUACCAAGCAGAUGUCAUUAACGAUGCUAACUGGCUGUCUACGUAACAAUCCACCAGCCAUAUCAUACGUUCAGGCCAACGAUCCUAAUUUCACACAAGAGAUCUUUAGGGAGCUUACUGGAUUGGUUCACCAGCCUCCAAAACCACAAGUGGUAGUUUUGGUGAAGCGAUACUUGUCUAUUUUACAAGCUAUGCUUGGUGAAAAUAUUGAGCUUGACGAAGAUGUUUUAUUAAAGCUAUGCCAUUGGGGAGACCCUCAAAUCAAGAGAAGAGCACUAGAAAUUGGGUCCCAUUUGUUCAGCGAUUCCAAUCAUAGUGAUCAAUCAGGCCUCGGCAAAAGGUCCCCAUCUGCUUACGAAAUUCAAAAAUGGGUUGAUGAGUUUGCCAUGGGCCUCCAAGAUAAGAACGUUGAUGAGUUACAUAUUCGAAACUUUUUCAACAGCCUGUAUCACAUAAAGCAAGAAAUGGGCAAGAGUGUCAAAGUCGAUUCUUCUUUUCUAAAUUGGUUAAGUGAAGAAUCUGAAAACAGAAGAAGUCGUCUUGAGAACGGUCUUCACGAGAGGGAUCUUGAGCAAGAUGAGUUUGAUCGCAAGUUAGUCGACAGCAGACAUUUGAUUUUUGGCAACCCAAUGGCCCACCGUAUUAAGCGGUUCAAUGAUGAACUUUAG